AUGGAUUUCCUUCAUAGGGGCGGAGUACUCAAUCAGCGUCUACAGAGAGACUGCAGGGCUUACUACGAUUUUCUGCAUUUUAUGUCCAAUGUUGGAGACCCCCUGAAUACCUUUUCUAUUUACUUUCCACAUUGGUUUCCACUGAAUCAGGCUGUUGGAACCAAGAUGAUAUGGGUAGCAGUCAUAGGGGACUGGUUCAACCUUAUAUUCAAAUGGAUAUUAUUUGGGCAUCGUCCUUACUGGUGGAUCCAAGAAAGUCAGAUUUACCCAAAUCACUCAAGCCCAUGUCUUGACCAGUUUCCUAUUACAUGUGAGACAGGUCCAGGAAGUCCAUCUGGUCACGCAAUGGGUUCAUCAUGUGUCUGGUAUGUCAUGGUAACAGCUGUCCUAAGCAACACUGUCAGCCAGAUGGACAAGUCCUCUGUCACUCUGCACAGACUGACCUGGUCCUUCCUUUGGAGUGCUUUCUGGUUGUUUCAAGUCAGCGUCUGUGUCUCCAGAGUGUUCAUAGCAAUACAUUUCCCCCAUCAGGUCAUUCUUGCAGUCGUGGGUAGUAAGAUGGUCUCUUAG